AUCGCAAUCAAUGCAAACCUUGCAGAGACUGCAGAAACCUAUCUCGAAUUUAGCAAUUUUAUCACCCUACGAUAAUUUGAGUCACAAUGGAAUGCCUCAAAUUGAGUCCAGAAUCAGCUGCCUCACUUCAUGGAAUGAGCGAGGCUGAGUUGCGUGCUUUCACGGGAAAGGGAAACUCAUCUGGCAGUGACAGUGAGGAGGACUUGAAAAUUCGCAUCUAUGCCAGCUACCUUUUGUUCGAGAUGUCAAAUUCAGGCAAUGCUUUGGAAGAAGCUAUCCUUUGGACUAAAAGGGGGAUCGUCGCUUCACCUCCGGAUAAACAGGCUCUCAAUGAGUGGCUCGAUAUUCUCGUGACGCUUUUGGUGAUUUUACACCACUCCCAGCAACUAGCUGGACGGAUCGCUGAGGCGCCCAGCCGUGACGCUAUGCUCAAUGAUAUUGAUCUUCGAAUGAGGCUCCUCAAGAACCAAGCAGCCAGAUCGAUGAUGAGAUUUGAACAGAGCCACCUCAUGGAAGAUUUAAAUGUGGCCAUCGCUAUUGUGGAACACUUGAUACCAAUGAUAGAUCUUAACAAGUCAUCAAGAUUGCAGAAUAACCUGGGUGUUAUGCUUCAUAAGCGAUAUCAAAGUACUGAAGCGAUAGAGGAUCUGAGCCGAGCUAUUGACGCGAUGAAAACCGCCAUCAGUCUUACCCCCGACGACAGUCCGGAUCUUGCUGAACGUCUCAACAAUCUUGGACUCUGGCUCAGUACUCGAUUUGAAAGGACAGAUAUGGUUGAAGACCUGGACUAUGCCGUCGAGGCCGCAAAGAAAGCCGUAAAAUUGACACCUGAGAGUCACCAGCACUACGCUGGAUAUCUGAAUAACCUUGCCAACAGUCAUGGGAAGCGUUUCCAACGAACAAGCACAGUUGACGACAUUAACCGCGCAAUCGAAGCGUCAUCAAGAGCGGUGAAGUCUACAUCACGAAAACACCCCGGCUUCUUGAAUAGCCUAGGCGUAUGGCUUUGUGCGCGGUUUGAAACAUCAGGAGAACUCAUGGAUCUGGAUGGUUCCAUUGAAGCUGCACUUCGUGCAAGAGAUAUCACGUCCCCAAGCCAUCCUGAUCGCUCCGUAUUCUUGAAUACCCUGGGAACCAGCCUCAGCAGGAAAUUCGAGAGAACUGAUUCAGUGAAGGAUCUAAAUGAAGCGUUGGAUAUCUUCACCCAAUGCCUAGGAGCAACCCCUCGCGAUGGACCAAACUUUGCAUCUACGUUAAACAACUUGGGGAUCUGCCACGGCAUGAGAUUUGAAAGGGCGGGCUCAAUUGCAGAUUUGGACCAUGCCAUUGAGAGAACGCACGAGUCAGUGGUCAGCACUCCUCACGGCCACCCACAACUACCCAACCGGUUGAACAGUCUUGGGAAUCAACUGAGGGCGCGUUUCCAAAGGACAGGAGCGGCGCAAGAUUUGGAACACGCCAUUGAUGCUGCAGAGAAAGCCAUCAAGAUCGCAACGAAGACCCACCCUCAUUAUCCUACGUAUCUAAGUAGCUUGGCAAAUAAGCUAAGCUUGCGCUUUGAACGAACAAGCGAAGUACACCAUCUUGAUCGUGCUAUCGACCUCAUUGACGAAGCCAUCCAAGGUACUCCGUUGUCUCGUGACAGCCUCGCAGCCUACUACAAUAACCUUGGAUCAUCACUUCGCACACGCUACGAGAAAGUUGGAAGAGAAAGUGAUAUUGCUCGAGCUAUCGAAGCUAGCAACAAGGCAGUUGAUCUGACCGCCCGAGAUCAUCCUGAUAUCUCCUCCUACCUCAACACACUGGGCAAUGUGUUUGGUAGCCGCUUCCAUAGGACUGAUUCCCUGGAUGAUCUAGAUCGCUGUAUCGAAAAUAUCACCAAGGCAGUGAAAGCAAUGCCCCAAGAUCAUCUCGAUCGUUCGGUCAUAAUAAAUAAUCUGGGCAACUGGCUUGAUAAGCGAUUCGAGGUAACCAAAUCUGCCGGCGAUCGGGACAGUCAAAUGCAAUGGUUACUUCAGGCAUGGAACUCCAAAGCAGCAGCCCCAUCUCAAAAAAUACGAGCAGCUGGUUCUGCUGCUUACGUAUACAUACAGCGAGAAGAAUGGGUGAAGGCCAGUGCCUUGCUGCGUGAAGCGGUGUUGCUUCUCCCGAAAGUGAGUCCACGGUUUCUGGCACAUGCAGACAGACAGAGCCUGCUCUCGAGUCUGUCUGGCUUGACAUCAAUGGCUGCUGCUGCGGCUUUGAGUGCAAAUAAAGGACCCUAUGAGGCCCUCAGGCUCCUGGAGCUGGGAAGAGGUUUAAUCUCAGGAUUCGUUAUGGACAUUCGCACAGAUACCUCAGAGCUUAAGCUCGAGUACCCAGGUUUGGCGAAGGAGUUUGAUCGUGUCCGAGAUGAAAUGGGUCAGCUGCAAAGCGGAAUUGAUGUAUCGACGAAAGAAGACGACUUAGCGACUUGGCAGCGGAAGCAAGAAAGAUUUCGGAAAGCAGAUGAGGAAUUCGAUGUUCUUCUUCAAGAGGUCCGAGGAAAAUUCGGAUUUGAGACCUUUCUUCUACCGCCUACCGAGGCAGAACUGAUGAUAGCAGCUACUCCGGAUCCGAUCAUCGUCAUUAAUGUCGCCUUCUAUAGAUGUGAUGCGUUCAUCAUCGAGGGUACUGGGAUCACAAUCAUUGAGCUACCUGAUUUGUCGCAAAGAAGGCUCCGCGCAUGGGCGAGUUUCCCAUCAGCGAGAUUUGAGCUUGCAUCUCGGCUAGAAUGGCUGUGGGAUGCACUCGGCCAUCCUUGUUUAAAUGCGCUUAGUCUCACAUCUCCUGUAUUGGAUAACAAAUGGCCCCAUAUCUGGUGGAUUCCAACCGAUGCCCUCAGCUGUAUACCAAUUCAUGCUGCUGGGCGCCACGACCAAGGCUCUACAGAGACAGUCUUGGAUAGGGCCAUAUCAUCAUAUGCCUUAACCAUCAAAUCUUUAUUUCAUGGGCGAAAGCGGGAACUUGUUUCUGCCCGUGAACCAGAGAGAAAGUCUGCACUCCUUGUUCCCAUGCGUAAUACACCAGGCAGUGGGAAAUUGCCAUAUGCUGAGGAUGAAGUCAACAUAGUGAAGCAGAUGUGUCCAAAGCUCGACCUCAAACCGGGCACGCCCAGGCCAUUGAAGGAGGAAGUCCUCAAAUCCCUGGAGGCCUGCAAUGUAUUUCAUUUUGCCGGACAUGGACGUUUAAACGCGGCGGAACCGUCGAAAAGCUGUUUGUGUCUUGAAGAUUGGGAGACCAACCCUCUCACAGUCCAGGACAUCCGUGUGAAGAAUCUAGAAAGCACUCAACCAUUUCUCGCAUACCUCUCCGCUUGCCGCACCGGAACAAACAUGGAGUCAAGACUCUCAGAUGAAGGAAUUCAUCUCGUUGGUGCGUUCCACUUGACUGGCUUCAGACAUGUCAUUGGAACACUAUGGGAAGUAUCAGAUAAGCAUUGCGUUGAUGUAGCUGAAGCAUUCUAUGAAACUCUACGUGAUGAAGGGAUGACCGACCUGUCUGUGUGCAAAGGUCUACAUCGAGCACUGAGAAAGUUGAGAGACAAGGGACGAGCCAAGAGCAAGUACAUCAGGGACAUCACGGCUGUAGGUGAGGAAGAAGAUCAACCAGAUCUCGGGAAUACGAACUGGAUGCCUUACGUUCAUUUCGGAUGCUAG